AUGUCUCAGUUUCUUGACCCUAAAACUGCUCUUGAGCAUCUUUCGACGUAUGAAGACCGUGAUGGACUUUCGGCCGCCCAGUUGAUGAGCUCGAUCAAACACGGCGGGCUCACCUACAACGAUUUCCUGCUCCUUCCUGGUCACAUCGACUUCCCAGCCAGUGUCGUCUCCACAGAGAGCCGAAUUACGCGUCGGGUCGUCUUGAAAACGCCGUUUAUGAGUAGCCCCAUGGACACUGUCACGGAAAAAGCAAUGGCAAUCAACAUGGCGCUUCUAGGCGGCAUCGGUGUAAUCCACUACAACCAGCCUGCCGAGGAACAGGCAGCCAUGGUACGCGCCGUAAAGCGUCACGAAAAUGGAUUCAUCUCGGAUCCUGUCGUUCUCGGUCCAGAUGACACGGUCGCCGAUGUCUUGGACAUUAAAGCUCGACUUGGCUUUUGCGGUAUCCCCAUCACCUCAACGGGAUCCCUAGGUGGUCAGCUACUCGGUAUCGUCACCUCUCGCGAUAUCCAGUUCCACGACCCGUCCACGCCACUCAAAACGAUCAUGACCACCGACCUCGUCACUGCUCCCUCUGGAGUCACGCUCCUCGAGGCUAAUAACGUACUCAGAGAUUGCAAAAAGGGAAAACUUCCCAUCGUCGAUGCGUCUGGACGCCUCGUCUCGCUUCUCGCCCGUUCCGACUUGCUCAAAAACCAAAACUUUCCCCUCUCCUCGAAGCGUCCCGACUCAAAGCAGCUCUACGCUGCGGCUGCAAUCGGAACGCGCCUAGCUGACCGCGAUCGUCUGGCCUUGCUCGUGGAAGCAGGGCUUGACAUUGUCAUCCUAGACUCGAGUCAGGGUAACUCGAUCUAUCAGAUUGAAAUGAUCCAAUGGAUCAAACAAAAAUGGCCAGAUCUCGAGGUUGUAGCCGGAAACGUUGUUACGCGUGAACAGGCUGCCAAGCUUAUUCAUGCAGGAGCCGAUGCCCUUCGUGUCGGUAUGGGUAGUGGGUCGAUUUGUAUCACCCAAGAGGUCAUGGCUGUCGGUCGUCCGCAAGCUACAGCCGUCUACCAAGUCGCCGAAUUCGCAUCCAAGUUUGGCGUACCAGUCAUUGCGGAUGGAGGCAUAUCCAAUGUUGGUCAUAUCGUCAAGGCACUCGCAAUGGGUGCGAGUGCUGUCAUGAUGGGUGGUCUCUUAGCCGGUACAGAGGAGGCUCCUGGAGAGUACUUUUACCACGAGGGCAAACGAGUCAAGGCGUAUCGUGGAAUGGGGAGCAUCGAGGCUAUGGAGCAGCGCAGCGUCGGUGCAAAGGCACCUGGUCCCCAACCGGUGAGACAAGGAAAGGGUGGCCCAAAAGUCAACGGCGCAAAGGAGACUGGAAAUGCAGCGACGGCUCGAUACUUCUCCGAGACGUCUGCGGUCAAAGUCGCACAGGGUGUCAGCGGAGACGUUCAGGACAAGGGCUCGAUUCACAAAUUCCUCCCAGUCUCAGUCGAAACUGGCUUACUAACGUUUGUGGAAAAAAGGUACUUGCACACAGGACUACAACAUUCACUUCAGGACGCCGGUCAACAGUCGAUCGCAGCUCUCCAAGAGGCUCCUGCAGGUCAGACAUGCUCGAAUGUCGAUACGGCAUCCUCGGCUUCAGUAGUCGACGUCUUCCACUUGAAUACAUCGCCGAGUCACCGACGCCAGAAGUGGAACCUGACACAGCGCGCGCCGGAGAGUUGGUUUGAAGGUGGACUGCAACGACCAUAUAGGGACGACAUGACCCCCAAAACUCUCCAGAUACUCGUGUUGUGGCUUCCGUUCGCUAUUGCUAGCCUCGUCAAGGCAGUUCCAGUCGUUCAAACAACGUCGGGCAAAGUGAAAGGAAAGGCCGUCUCGAAUACGACCAACGCCUAUUUGGGCAUUCCCUAUGCUCAACCUCCCGUUGGGCCACUUCGUUUUCUAGCGCCACGACCUCUCUUGACUCCAUCCACCACGCGAAAUGCCACCGCAUUUGGCCUCUCCUGUAUCCAGCUAGGAGCGAAUCCACCGGAUCCAUCUCCUUCUGGUGAGGACUGUCUCACGAUCAAUGUCUGGACUUCACCGUCUCUCUCUCCGAGGCUAAAGCCCGUCCUCAUCUGGAUCUAUGGUGGCGGUUGGAACUCGGGACAGUCUGGAUCUGCGCUUAAUGAUCUUACCUCGUGGUCGACCAGCCAUCCAGAGGUUGUCUUCGUGUCCUUCAACUAUCGCCUCAACGUCUUUGGCUAUGCCAACUCUCCAGCCAUUCCAAACAAGGAUACGAAUGCUGGGCUCCGAGAUCAACGGACCGCUGUUGAAUGGGUCGUCACUAAUAUUGCAGCGUUUGGUGGAAACCCGGCUCAGAUUACGCUUGGAGGACAGUCUUCGGGUGCGGGGAGUAUCGCUGCGUAUCUCUACGCUUACGAAUCCCGACCACUUAUUCGCGGUACCAUUCUUAUGAGCGGGCAGGCAUCCAUGGCGCUGACCCCUCCUCCAAUCCCAAUUGUUGGCCUCCCAGCCGCAGGACCCAAUCCGUUCCCUAAUAUUGCGAGCGCUGUUGGGUGCCCUCUUCAAGGACAAGACUAUAAAGCACAGCUCGACUGCGUUCGUACAAAAAGCGUUGCCCAACUGACGGACGCGCUCAACUCUACGAACACUCUCGGAAUUGCUCCGUUUGUCGACAAUACCACACUCUUCUCCAAAUCCGAGUACAAAUCCAGAGGUCGCGCAGGAAAGUUUGCGAAAAUUCCGUUGUUAACUGGGACAACUGACAACGAAGGCGACAUUCUCGUUGUAGACCGGACAACAAACACGCUGAACGAGACUCUUUCGGAUCUGUUGACUCUGUCCGUCUUCAGGUGCUACGACAGCCAGCAGUCCGCGUAA